UCAAUGAUUGAUUUCGUUUGUGAAAUUGUAGGACCUAUGCGAGAGCCUAAAGGAACUUUUUCAGAAAAGAGAACAUGCUUACUUCUGUUAGCUGCUGGGACUCAUUCUAAAAAUAUUGACGAUUUAUUGUCUAACAGAUCAAAUUUCAUUCUCGAGAUUCUUCUAAGGCUGGGAAUUAGGAAAAAUGCAAACAAACAUGAAACGUUCCAAAAUCCAGAACAAGAUAUGAGUGCUCAUCAAUUUCCUGCAUCUUCCAAUAGAAGCGAUCAAAUUGUUAAAUUUUGUGAUAAUUCACAGGAGAAUUCGUGUACUUAUAAGACUGAACAACAUGAAAAAAUUUUAGCACUAAAAUGGGAUAAUACCGAAAUUCAGGCUUUUCCAUGCAAUCAUUCCUUUAAAACUAGUUUCAAAUGCAAGCACCAUAAGUCGAAUUUACUUGCUGAGAAAACUGCUACACUUUUUCCCGAUUUCGAAAAUCUAGCUUCAGCCAUUGAAUUGAUUAAAGAAUUUGAUUGCAACAAGUACAGCUACACUGACAGAGCUCUUACCCUGCUCAAUUCACCUUGUGGUCUUUCUGAGGUCAAUGUUUUUCCAACUGAUUGUGCUAAUUGUGUGGAACAACGAAACAAAAACCUGCAUUUCAAUUCAGCACUAGACCACAAAGGACUGUUUGAUUUUUGUGUCACAAAAGAUUCAGAUACUUCAAUAAAUUCAAUACUAGAAGUAGAUAGUAACAAACAUGUUCCUCAUAGAAAAAAUUGUGACUCAUCCCCAGCUGAUUGUAUCUUCCCCAACAUUUAUAAUUCUGAAAGUUUCCUCCAAGAACAACCAUUUACCCCAUACAUACAUCCAGAGAUCGCUAAAGAACAAUUUACUUCACCUUUGCUGGAGUGGGAUGUUCCUGCAGAGCAAGAGCUGUCAGCUCUUAAAUGUUUUGUUCCAAAAGAGGUGGAUCACUUUACUAAAUCCUUAAAUUACAUAUUCGAUUUUCACAACGAAAUAGGAAGUUCAAGUUUCUAUGAUGUCUAUAGAAGGAAAAGUUUCAGUUUUCUUACAGAGCUACAGUUUUGAUUUCACUUCAAGAUCCAACUCAUCGGAGCAAAUGAUAUGGAAGCAUAUUAGUUAUCCUACUUCAAUUCCAAUACCUGAUUCUCUGUUGAGCAGAUAGAAUUAUUCUGAUAAUAGUGAAUACAGCCUCCCAUUCCCGUCAAUGAAGAUGACAAAUUUCAUGGGGGCACCAAAUAAUGUUCCUGUUGAUCUAUUUAGAUUGACUGAAUUACAAUGCCUUAUUCUGCAUGAAGAGAAAGAAGUUCACCUGAUAGAUUGAGCUGGUAGCAUUCCUUUCUGAUAGAUUUAGCUGCUAUUUACCGUGAAAGAAUUAUUCUGGUUGGCAACCUUUUUGUGCAGUUAUUUUGAUAAUCUUUUAUUUUUGUGCAAUUUGAUUUUUGAUUUAGAAGUGGGACAUCUCCUUUGAUAGCGAGUUUCAUGCUAUUUUUCUAACAUGAAUUAUUUUCCCUGUUUGGCUCUGUUUGGUAAUGCUUUUUAUUACCUCA